AAAAAAGGAAAAGAUAAAUAACCUGCUGGAGAAGAUCUACGAAGUACAAACGGAAGAUACCGCAUUUGCGGCUAGCAAAUAAAAAAGAAAAACAAGCAGUAUUAACAAGGUGAUUUGCAAGGAAAUUUUAAAUAUCAUUUCAUUGAUGAUUAAAUAUGGAUGAAUCAAAAGGAUUCCACUUUUACCGGCGUGAAUUGUUUCUGUAUUUUGGAGUCUACUUUGCUUAUCUCAUCUAUGGCUUCUGGACGUUAUUCGGAUUACGUGAAGAACUGCAACAACAUUCUGGUCAUACGCGUGAUCCCUAUAACUAUGAACUGGAUAUUUUCAAUAAUUACGUACGUGUUAACUGGCAUUGGUACAUAUUGCAUGCUGUAAUCUCAACUACUUCACGUUUUUUUAUAAGUGCAAACAAGAUGGGCAUGGUCUACGCUUUUGUAUCAGUUCCUUCACUGCUGACCAUACUACCCUUGAAGAUGGCUGCAUUCGUUUUGGCAAUGCUGUGUAAUACUAUUUUGGACCUUGCUGCGCUGUUGUAGCUUUGCACAUUUUUGUGUCGAUGCACACUUCAAAAAGGAAC